AUGACGGUCGCAAACGAGGUGACCGACCCAUCCGAUUGGCGCGGGCCGGACGAUCCUAAUUGUCCAUACAACUGGCCGAUGUGGAAACGCCUCUACAUGACUAGCAUACCCGCCUUGCUCUGUGUCAACGUCUCCUUCGCCUCUUCCGUCUACACCUCCGGCGCGGAGGACAUCUCACGCGAGUUCGGCGUUUCCCACACCGAAUCCCUCCUCGGGCUUUCUCUGUUCCUUUGGGCCCUGGGUCUCGGCGCCAUCAUUGCGGCCCCCGUCAGCGAGUACUAUGGCCGCCGCAUCGUGUAUUUGUCCACGGUCCCCGUGUUUGGGCUCUUCAUCUUAGGGUCUGGCUUUGCCCAGAAUUUCCCGACGCUCAUUGUUUGCCGCACGCUCGCUGGGUUCUUCGGCAGUGCCGUCGUCUCGGUGGGCGGCGGGACGAAUGCGGAUCUCUGGCCGCCGACUAUGGCGGGACUUAUUUACCCCUUUUAUUUUGUGUCACCGUUCCUGGGGCCGGCUUUUGGUCCCGUCAUCGGUGGUUUCCUGAGCCAAGCCAAGGGCUUCCGCUGGCUCGAGUGGGUCAUCCUCUUCAUGGUUGCCUUCAAUUACGUGUACGCCCUGCCGCAGUUCGAGACCUACAAGAAGACCAUCCUCCAGAAGCGCGCGCAAGCCGAGAAGAAGGCCGCGCUGGCGAGCAACCCGUCACUAGCGACCGAAACUGCUGCUGCUGCCCCAAAAUUCGCACUUCCCUCGAGCGCCAUCGUACAACGCAUUGUGCUCAAACCCUUCAAGAUGCUCUUUGUCGAAUCCAUCGUGCUCUUCAUGACCAUCUACAUGGCCUUCAACUUCGCCGUCUUCUACUCCUUCUUCGCCGCCUUCCCUUACGUGUUUGGUGACGGCGCUGGCAGCAGUGGCAAGUACAACUUCCCCCCUGGCGAAGAAGGGCUCACAUUCAUUUCGAUUGCCUUGGGCUGUGUGAUCGGGUUCUUGGCCGUUGUCUACAUCGACCGCCGCACCUACCCGGCACUGGAGGCACGUUUCGGGGUCGGCCUUGUACCGCCCGAGUAUCGGUUGUACGGCGCCAUGGUCGGCGCGGCUCUCAACCCAGCCAGCUUGUUCUGGUUCGGCUGGACUGCCGAGGCGGGCACGUACUGGGCCAGUCCUGUGGUGGCUGCUGUGCCAUUUGCCGUCGGCAACAUCAUGGUCUACAGCAGCGGCGCGUUGUAUAUCAUGAACGCUUACGGGUCUCUGCAUGGAGCCAGUGCGUUGAGUGCCAACAGCUUGCUGCGGUAUGCUGGAGGUGGUGCAUUCCCACUGUUCACCGUGCAGAUGUUCUCCUCCAUGGGCAUCGGCUGGGCGAGCAGUUUGCUGGGGUUUGUCUCGGUAGUGCUUGUGCCCGUACCAUUCGUGCUCUACAAGUACGGAAGCAAGAUUCGAGCCCGAUCCCAGUACAUCGUUCUCAAGGACCCGGUCCUGGACAACGCGGUGUCGUUACGCGAGACGACAAGCGAGGGAGAGGAUACAGCGGUGUAA